AUGCUAGAUGUGUCGCAUGCAUUCAGGGAACAUGGACGGUUGGUAAGGAUUUUAUUUUUAUUGUUAUGAAUUUAGAUCUACAUUAUCCUUGGAGUCGUUGUCUUGGCCGUUGCACCAUGCGGAUAUCACAUGGUCGCGCUCAAUGUACCUACAAAAAAUAUACAGAAGGCUUUAAAAGCUGAGAUACUCCGUGAUUAUGGUCUUACCAUCUCUGAUUCUGCAAUGGAUCUGUUAUGGUAAGAGUUUUAUAUUGAUUUAGUCCUGAAAGUUCAUGGAUAAUGCUAUUUUCUAAUUUUUAUGAAAUUUCCAGGGGUCUUAUCGUAUCCUGUCAAAGCAUUGGUGCAUUGAUCGGAUGUUUGUUACUAAUGCCCUUGGAAUCUGCUUUUGGAAUCAAGAAUACGUUGAUGUUGUACAGCAAUGGAGUUCUAUUAUGCGGAAGUAUCUUCUUGUUUCUCUCGUACAACUUUAAUACAGCGUUGAUGUUGGUACUGGGAAGGAUACUGGUUGGUAUUUACACUGGUUUAUCUUCUGCGUUGGCGCCGAUGUACGUCGCGGAGUUGGCUCCUUCCAAAAUUAAGGUAUGAUUACAUGAAUUGUUGAUGAUGAUUGUCGAAUCGGCGUUUUGGUGAUGUUAGUGCUAUGAUUUCAGGGCAGUCUGGGAUGCUUUGUCCAUAUCUCCGUUUGUUUUGGAGCCGUAUUGGGCGCGUUCUUCUCCUUAGAAUCGUUCUUGGGAAGCGAGGCCUUCUGGAAUGUCCUACUUUUUCUCCCAGCAAUCUUCGCUGUUAUCCAGAUGGUAAUUUGUCGUCAGAUUCCUCACACUCCGAACUUCUUUCUGGCCAAGGAUGACACCGAAAUGGCCGCGGAGUCUAUUCGUUUCUUCUAUGGAUUUGAAGGACUUUCUGACCAAGAAUUAAUGGCAAAAUAUCGAUCGCUGGUCACAAAAUUGCCUCCCCAGCUGAGUUUCCGACAGUCCAUAGCCAACCCAACUAACAGGAAGAUGAUUUUCAUUGGAAUGGUGGUCAGUGCUACUCAAAUUUUGAGUGGAAGUAUGGCCACCGUAGCGUAUAGUACAAGGUAAUUAAAGUUGUGUUUGAUACUAGUUUCUUAAACUACUCUUCGCUUACUCAUGACGGUUACAGUAUGUUCAACUCGCUUUCGAUUAUCAACGGUCUUGUUCCGCUGUUCCCCACGUUCGGCGCCCUUCUGAGCAUCUUCCUGACCCUUCCCGCCCUUCGGUUGGUCGAGACUUAUGGUCGAAAACGGCUUCUAAUCAACACUCUCAUCAUGUGUGCUACUGCCACUUAUCUUUUGUGCUUCUUCUCCCUUAUUGUCAAAGGGUUUAGUAAGUUUUAUAUAUCGUUUUGUGGUACAUUACACUUUAGAUGCCGGGUCUUGGGCUUCCUUUAUGUUUUUCGUUGGAUUCCUGCUUCUGGGAGUGGGCUACAAUCUGGGAACUGGACCGGUCUCGUACUUUAUCCCAGCAGAACUUGUCAGCCCGGAUUCGGUGGGAUCAGCCUUGAGCGUUGCGGUGGCUACCAACUGGACCUUCACUUUGCUCACGACUUUCUUGUACUACCCUCUGAACGAAGCAGUCGGCGGAUGGAGUUACCUCAUGUUCGCGAUUCCUACGUAAGUCUGAAACUUUCUUACUGUCGAAGUUUGCCCAAAUGACAUGUUUUUUGACAUGGAUAAUGUAAGGUAAUGUAAUGCAUGCAUUCCAGGACUCUGUGUAUCAUCUUCCUCAACCGAAACCUCCCAGAGACCAAGUUCCCUAGCCUUAUUCAGAGCGAUGGCGUUAUCCUCGCCUGCAAUGUCCUUCCCGAAUAUGCAAACCUCGAAGAAAGUACGGAUUCCUUCAAUUACGGGACGAUUUGA